CCGGGGGCUGGGAGGGGGAGGGGCUCUGGGGUGUCUGUCUCCAUAGCUGACCCUGUCUCCCCCCAGGUCCCCCCCAAUGGGGUAGCUGGACGGGGGCCCAUGGGCAGUGCCCCUCGCAGGAGGCGGCGUGAGCAGGCACCAUGCCCAGCGUCCUGGGGCUCCUGCUGGCCUGGCUGGGGGGCUGCGGCUGUGCCGGACGCCUGGGUCCCCCCUGGCCGGGCUCCCGGGGGACCCCACCCCAGGGCUGGGAACGCCCCCUGCUGAGAUCCCGACGGAGCUGGGUCUGGAACCAAUUCUUCGUCAUCGAGGAGUAUGCAGGCCCUGAGCCUGUCCUCAUCGGCAGACUGCACUCGGACGUGGACCGGGGCGAGGGGCGGGUCAGGUACGUGCUGACGGGCGAGGGGGCCGGGACGGUGUUCGUGAUCGACGAGCGGACGGGGAACGUGCACGUCACCAAGACGCUGGACCGGGAGGAGAAGGCCCAGUACACGCUGCUGGCCCAGGCUGUGGACUGGGCCUCGAACCGGCCCCUGGAGCCGCCCUCCGAGUUCAUCAUCAAAGUGCAGGACAUCAACGACAACCCGCCCGUCUUCCCGCCCGGCCCCUACCACGCCACUGUGCCCGAGAUGAGCGACGUGGGCACGUCGGUGAUCCAGGUGACGGCGCAGGACGCCGAUGACCCGAGCUAUGGGACCAGCGCCAGGCUGGUGUAUGUGGUGCUGGAGGGGCUGCCCUUCUUCUCCGUCGACCCCCAGAGCGGCGUGGUGCGCACUGCGACCCCCAACAUGGAUCGGGAGGCGCAGGCCGAGCUGCUGGUGGUGAUCCAGGCCAAGGACAUGGGGGGCCACGCCGGGGGGCUGUCGGGGAGUGUCACUGUCACGGUCACCCUGAGCGACGUCAAUGACAAUCCGCCCAAAUUCCCCCAGAGUUCUUACCAAUUCUCGGUGCUGGAGACGCAGCCGCCCGGCUCCCCCGUGGGGCGGCUCCGGGCCCACGACCCAGACGAGGGGGCCAACGCGCGGCUGAGCUACCGGCUGCUGGACGGGGCCGGGCCCUUCGCCAUCAGCACUGACCCGCUGGGCCGGGACGGCAUCCUCACCCUCAGCCAGCCGCUGGACUUCGAGCGGCGCCAGGCCUACGCCCUGCGGGUGGAGGCAGCCAACACGCAGGUCGACCCGCUGUACAUCCGCCAGGGGCCCUUCAAGGACGUGGCCACCGUGCACGUGGCUGUGCAGGAUGCGGCCGAGCCCCCGGCCUUCGCCCGGCCCAGCUACCAGCUGGGGGUCCCCGAGAACAGCCCCCCCGGCACUGUGGUGGGGAAGAUCACAGCCUCCGACCUGGACACACCCAGCAGCGCCAUCCGAUACUCCAUCCUGCCCCACUCGGACCCCGGGCGGUAUUUCAGCAUCAGCCCCCAGGACGGGAUCCUGCGCACGGCCCUGCCCCUCGACAGGGAGACGCUGGCCUGGCACAACCUGACCGUGGUGGCCACCGAACUAGACAGCCCGGCGCAGGCUGCGCCCGUCCCCGUGCUGGUCCACGCGCUGGACGUGAACGACAACGUGCCCACGCUGGCGCCAGGGACCGAGCCCUUCGUCUGCCACGGCACCAGGCCCGGCCAGCUGAUCCAGACCAUCUGGGCCCUGGACCGGGACGAGGAGGCGUCCGGGAGUCGGGUGACGAUUCGCUCCCCCCCGGGGCUGGGACCCUCUGACAUCACAGUGCAGGACAAUGGGGAUGGCUCAGCCGCUCUCCUGCUCCGGACACCACGGCUGCCCCCCCCAGGUGGCCCCCCCCUGCUGGUGCCCCUGGAGCUGGUGGAUGGGGGACGCCCCCCCCUGACUGGCACCCCCACCCUGACACUGAGCGUCUGCCAGUGCCGGCCCGACGGUGCCCUGCGCUCCUGCCAGCCCCCCCCCGCCACUGGCGCCCCCCCGGGGCUCAGCACCGCCGCCCUGCUGGCCAUCCUGGGCUGCGGCGCCAGCCUGCUCGCGCUGGCGGGGCUCCUGGCCAGAGGGCGCCCCAAGGGGGGGCCGCGGAUGACGCCGGCGGAGGAGGGUGAGGUGCGUGAGAACAUCAUCAGCUACGACGACGAGGGGGGGGGCGAGGCCGACACCCAGGCCUUCGACAUGGCCGCCCUGCAGCGUCCGCCCCCCCCCGCACUCCCCCCUGGCCCCCCCCACCUGGCCGCCUGCCUGGCCGCCCGCCUGGGCCGGGCUGACGCUGACCCCCGGGCCCCCCCCUACGACUCGCUGCAGGUCUAUGGCUACGAGGGGGGGGGGACGCCCUGCGGCAGCCUCAGCCCCCUGGGCUCCUCCUGGGGGGGCAGCGAGGGGGAGGGGGGCGACCCUGGUGAGUGGGGGCCCCUCUUUCGCACCCUGGCCGAGCUCUACGGGGGCCAAGAGGGGCCCGCCUGAGGCCACGCCCACCUCAGCCACACCUGAGAGGCCACGCCCCCUCCCUGUAGGUCAUGCCAGCGAGGCCACGCCCACCUCCCGCCAUGCCAUGGGACCACGCCCACCUCCCAGCCACACCUGAGAGGCCACGCCCCCUCCCUGUAGGUCAUGCCAGCGAGGCCACGCCCACCUCCCGCCAUGCCAUGGGACCACGCCCACCUCCCAGCCACACCUGAGAGGCCACGCCCCCUCCCUGUAGGUCAUGCCAGCGAGGCCACGCCCACCUCCCGCCAUGCCAUGGGACCACGCCCACCUCCCAGCCACACCUGAGAGGCCACACUCACCCGGUCAUGCCAGUUAGGCCACACCCACCUGGGCCAUGUCCACAAGGCCACGCCCAUUUCCCAACCACACCUGUAAUUCCCCCCCAGGUCAUGCCAGCGAGACCACGCCCACCUCCUGGCCACACCAGUGAGGCCACGCCCACUGCCAGGCCACGCCUUGGCCGCACCUGCAGGCCCUUGCACUCUCCUAGCCACGCCCCCCGAGCAGGCCACUCCCACUUCCCGCCACACACCCCAUGGCCCCUGCAGCCCUGCCUCCCCUCAGUGCUUCGCCCCCCCCACGCUUGGCCUUUGUCCUGUGUCCGUCUGUCCCCCCUCCCCCGCUCACUGGGUGUGUUCCCCUCAUUGGGUGAUCAGCCCCCCCAUUCCAGCCUUGCCCCCCCCACCCCGAUUAAUGCUGGAUCCAGCCCCCCCCCUCAGGCUGAGCCCCUGCCACCGCCCCCAGCCAGGGGAGCCCCAGGAAAUCCCAGGGGAUUGUGGGGGCCUGGACCCCACAGCUCUAGGAGCCUCCCCGAGCCACUGGCCCCUGCUGCUCCCCCUGACCCCCCCCUCCCGGGGGA